CGUGAAGAUACUACUGAUAAAUCAGACUUGACGAAUAUUUUCCCUAAAGGAGUUACCUCGAUAAUUUUGGAAGAAAAGGCUCCAAAAUGGCAAGCAUUUACUCAAGUGGGAUAUAAUGGAGCACAUGUAAUCUUAAACCCAGGUCGACGCUACUCCAGCUUAGUUGUCAUGGGACUAGAAAAUCCUGUAAUGAGCUUGCGAACGUUUGACAAGGUAAUCUCCAGGCGGAAUCUCAGAUACUUUUUAGAGCUUUUACCGCAGAAUAAGAGCACUAAAUUGAAAUGAUUGCAUUUAUUUUCUUUUUUAUGUAGUCUGCGACUUUGGUAUUGUAUGAGAACGAAGACUACGGCGGCAGAGCACUGGUAAGGCUUCCAACUAUUUCCUCUUGCAUGUAGUUAAUUGCAGUGUAUAUUUCUGUUAUAAAAACCGUUUCGAUAACAAUUUCCCUAAUGCUGAAAACUAAAAUUCUUUCGGUCGAUGAACCUAAUUAUUUUUUUACCUUAAUGCUUUCCUUGGUAGGUUGUAUUAGUCCACCCCGUCCCAGCAAAAACGUCUUUUGGUGAAAGUGAUUGUAAUCCGUACUAGUCCAUAACCAUGAUGUUAACUUGAUCAUGCUGCCCUUUUCAUAGGAACUAGAGAAAAAUUCUGCAGAGUCAGCAGACCUUACAGAAAAUUUACCCAACGGAGUGCAUUCGAUUGUUUUGAAAGAAAAUGCCGAGAAAAUGCAAGUGUUUACUAAAAUAAGUUUUCAUGGAGCACACGUAACUUUACAUCCAGGACGACGGUACUCCAGCUUAGAUGCCAUGGGACUGGUAAAUCCUGUCGUUAGCCUAAGAAUCUUUAACAAGGUAAAAUCCAAAUAAUUGCUGUACUAUAGAGCUUUAAUAGCGAAAUUAAUACUGCUUAAUAGCUGAUCUCUUUCUUUUUCGUUUUGAUGCAGCCUGGGGUUGUGCAAGUGUAUGAAGACGAAGAGUACGCCGGUAAAGUGCUGGUAAGGAAAAGAGGUUAAAUUUAUACGAGAAUCAGUGGUUAAUUGACGCGAUAUUAAUGUCGAUAAAAAGCUUUGAAAUGCUUUCUUAUCAGCUACCUAAACGUGCUGGAUGAAUACAACGAUCUCAGUAAAACUGUUUGCUGCUGAAAUAUAUUUUAUUUGAACCUUGUUCUGACACAGAUAUUACAAGGAAAUUGUUUUAUAGAGAACUCACCGCGACUCAGCGAGAUCGCAAGACUUUUCUCUUUACUCUUUCUCAUAGAGUAAUGCAUGAAGAUGAUUAAAAAUUUACUGUUACAAUCUUACCAAUCAGUUUUAUUGCUGAUUCAAUCAUCGUUUUUCUAGGAAUUACACGAAAAUGCUCCCGACCUGACGAAUACUUUCUCACGAGGAGCGCGCUCCAUUGUUUUGAAAGAAAAUGCGCAGAAAUGGCAAGUGUGUUCUCAAGUGGAAUAUGAGGGUGCACAUGUAAUCUUGGAACCAGGUCGACGCUACUCAAGCUUAUGUGUUAUGGGCCUUGUAAAUCCUGUAAUGAGCAUGAGAAAGUCGGGAAAGUCACAGUGA